UGUAAGCUCCUCCACCACUCGCUCCCUCCCUCCCCAGCUAGGCCCAGCGUCGAACACCUUCCCCCCGCCACCACCCAUGUCGUCCCCGUCCUCCGCCGCGUCGCCGCCGCCGCCGCCGCCGGCGGAGCAGCGCCGCCCGGACCCGGUGCGCUUCGGCAUCAUGGGGUGCGCCUCCAUCGCGCGGAAGCUGGCCCGCGCCAUGCUCCUCGCCCCGGGCGCCGCCGUGGCCGCCGUCGGGAGCCGCUCCGAGGCGAAGGCCCGCGCGUUCGCCGAGGAGACCGGCCUGCUCCUCCGCCACGCCCCGCGCCUGCACGGCUCCUACGAGGCCCUCCUCGCCGACCCGGGCGUCGACGCCGUCUACCUCCCGCUCCCCACCAGCCUCCACGUCCGCUGGGCCACCGCCGCCGCCGCCGCGGGGAAGCACGUCCUCCUCGAGAAGCCCACCGCGCUCUGCGCCGCCGACCUCGACGCCAUCCUCGCCGCCUGCGACGCCGCGGGCGUCCAGUUCAUGGACGCCACCAUGUGGAUGCACCACCCGCGCACCGCCAAGAUGCGGGAGCUCGUCGCCGACGAGGCCACCACCGGCGACGUCAGGGUGAUAAAUAGCCUGUUCAGCUUUCGGGCAAACGAAGAAUUCCUCCAAAAUGAUAUCAGGGUAAAGCCAGACCUUGAUGCCCUGGGUACGCUAGGCGAUGCUGGGUGGUACAGCAUCCGUGCAAUUUUGUGGGCUGUUGACUAUGAGCUUCCCAAGACUGUGAUCGCCCUGCGCAACCCUGUUAGGAACCAAGCUGGCGUGCUCCUUGCCUGCGGAGCAACAUUGUACUGGGCUGAUGGAAAGAUUGCCACCUUCAACUGUUCUUUCCUCACCAACCUCACCAUGGACAUGACCAUCGUUGGAACAAACGGUACGCUUCACGUCACCGACUUUGUCAUCCCAUAUGAAGAGAAGUACGCGGCAUUCAACAUGGCGUCCAAGUCAAAGUUUGCUGAACUCCACAUCGGAUGGGAUCCACUGCCGAGCAAGCAUGUCGUCUCUACAGACCUGCCACAGGAAGCCCUCAUGGUCCAGGAAUUCUCAAGGUUAGUGCAGAACAUCCGAGACGCAGGUGGCAAACCUGAGGGAAAGUGGCCAGCCAUCACCCGGAAGACUCAGGUUGUGAUGGAUGCGGUUAAAACCUCCAUUGACAACCGAUUUGGGCCAGUGGAUAUUUCUAGCUGAAGGGGUAAGCAAGUGUGCUUUCUGACGAUCUCUGAAGUCCAUGAUAUUUCUGUAUCCUACCAGAAAGAACCACCUAUUCAAAUAAUUGGAAGAAUUGCAGUCAAAUUCACUACAAUAUUGUAGAUGUAUCAAGCAAGAUGAUGUUAUAAAUAAAUAGAAUUUGAAACAUGGAACCUCUGUUUGACCCAUGGAAAGCUAACCAUUGGGACAUAUAUAUUCCCAUAUGAAAUUCAUCUGUUCCUAAUGAGGUUCAUAGUUCAAAU